GCCCGAGGUAAAUCCGCGGCUCAUCCCGCCCGCCUGCCCGCCUCUCUCUCUCUCUGUCUCUCUGUCUCGCUCAACAGCGACGGCCAAGCUCCCCCUCACUCUCGCCUAGCGUUCACAUUAAUCUUUGCAGCAGUGAUUUGAAGAGCUAUCAUCUUUGACAGAGAAGAUGGACCUGUACGACCCACAAACCCUGGGCCUGGUAGUCUUUGGCGCAUUCAUGCUGGUGUCGGCGCUGGGAAUAUUUCUCGUCUCCACAUUCUCAAUGAAGGAGACCUCUUUUGAGGAGGCCCUUGCAGCCCAGAGGAAGCAAGACAAAUCUCUUUUGUUUAAAGCUGGUGAUAAGAAGAAAAAGGAGAAGGUGACGGACAAGCCCAAGAGGAAGAAGAAAGACGAGAAGCCAAAUGGGCAGGUGGUGGAUGGAGAGGCUGAAAUGCUGGUGGUCGAUGUUGAGGAGGUCAAGUAUGAGUCUGCACCCAUUGUUUCCACACCACCGUCUCAAGACAUGGGGGCCAAGGACAAGAAGAAGAAGCAGGCCGACAAGAAAGUUGGAAAGGCCGAGCAAGCUGCUGCUGAGGUUCCACCAUCAGUGGGGCCUUCUGGAAAGGUUAAUCACCAGACUGGACUAGCUCAAGGAAAGAAAUCUGAAGUGCCUCUGAAGAAGCAGGAAGUCGUGUCACAAGAAGCUCAAAAGAAGAGUCCUGACCUUGUCAACACCAAGAAGAAAUCAGGUGCUGACAAAAAGGGAAAACCCGAUAGUUCUGAACCCGCCCCUGUCAUUCAAGCUAAAUUGGCUUCCACUACGGCCUCGGCACCACCUUCGACCAAACCCCAGAACGCCUUCCCCCAGAAUGUCACUCAAUCUGUUGCACCGGUUAAGGUGCCACAGGUGGCGGAGAAGGCGCCGGUCGUGGCUCCCCAGCCAAAGUUGGAAAAGGUUGUGGCCCCCGUGACUAAGGCAGAUGCACCACCAGCGCGUGCCCCUGCUGUGGAGGAAAUCAAGGUGGCCAUCGAGGAAAUCAAGGUGGCCGUGGAGGAAGCCAAGGCACCAAUUGCUGCCGAACCUGCUGCGAAGAAAAAGUCGAGCAACAAGAAGGGCAAGAAUGAGACCGGUGCAGCGGAAGGCCAUGUCGCCGUCCCGUACAGAACGCUGCUGGACAUCGUGAGCGGGAUGGUGUUCAGCCAGGGCGAGGCUGAAAGGCUCAUGGAGGUGUUGACGGAGAAGACUGGAGGGCGGAUGCAGGGCACCUGGCACAUGGCUAGUGCCAAAGGAGACCCAGUGGCAGCUGUGAAGAAACAACUGGAGGAGAGGGAGAAGCAGCUGUCUAUUGAGAAGGAGGAGGCAACUGCUGCCAAGGCCAGGCUGAAGCAGCUGACGCAGGAGGUGACCACAGAGCGGGUGAAGUGGGCGGCCCUGGAGACCAAGCUCCGUGAGCAGGCGAAUGACAAGGAAAGUGAAGCCAAGGCCCUGCAGGCGCGCAUGCAGGCCAGCUAUGAGGAUCACACGAAGGAGGAGCAGCAGCUGCAAACCAAGGUGCGAGAGCUGCAGGAGGAGCUGGAUACGAGCCUAACCAACUUGCGCAAGGACAACACCAUUCUGAGGGAGGCACUCACCAACUCGACCAGCCAAUUGGAUAGCAAGGCCAAUGCAGAGCUGGCAAAGCUGCGGCAGGAUUGCGCUCGGCUGACCAAGGAGCUGCAUGACAAGACAAUGAGCCAGCAGAAGGAGGACAAGCAGAAGGAAACCGUUGCUGGCUACGAGCAGCAGAUCGCUCAGCUCAAGAAAGAACAGCAGGAGUCGGUGAGCACACUGCAGUCGCGUGUGAGCGAAGUGGCGGCUGAGCUGCGCAAGGCCCAGGCCAAUGUGGACAGCCUGACUGAUGACAUCAAGAAGAGCAAGGCAGAGCUGCAAUCUUCACUGCAGCAGUCCGGUGAGGUGCAGGGAAAGCUGUCGGCGGCGGAGCAGCAAGCGGAGCAGCAGAAGCGCGAGUUGGAGGGCCUGCGCGCAGAGCUGGCCAGCAGCCAGGGUGAGAAGGAGCAGCUGCAGGAGAGGAUCUGCUCUGUGGAAGCUCUGCUGCAAGCCAGUGCGAGCCAGGAGAAGGAGCCCAGCCAGAACGUUGACGCCAGUGUCAUCAGUGAGCUUAAGGAGUUGCAGGAGGAGAAUGAUACCCUAAGAAAUCUCUUAGAAACUCUACAAGAAUCUCUGACUCCGUUUGCUGGACAGGAAUCUCACAUGGAAGAGAUUCAGAAGCUGCAGACUCAGGUGAAGGAGCGUGACGACCAGCUGGCCGCGUUUGAGAAGCAGGUGCUGUUGCUCAGUGAGAGUGUCGAGCAGCAGAAGCAGAAGAACAAUGAUCUGCGAGAGAAAAACUGGAAAGCGAUGGAAGCUGUCAAUUCAGCAGAACAGCUGAGCAGUGCAAGCUCGACUGCUAAGGAGGAUCUGGAGAAGAAGAUGGAGGAAAUCGAGCGGCACACACGGGAGACGCUUCAGAAUCUCUUCCCCACCGUGCCAGUCCCUGCAGAGACGAAGCUGAAGCAGUGGCUGCAGGAGUUUGAGAAGCUCGCAGAGGAGAGCCUCAAGCAGCAAAAGGAAGCUGGGUCCUCAUCCGUGGAGCUAACGCAACAGCUCGAGGAGGCAGACCAGGCACGCAAACAUGCGCAGUCCGAGUGUGACAAGUACAAAGCAGUGCUGGCUGACACGGAGGGCAUCUUGAAGCAGCUGCAGGGAAGUGUGGAGGCGGAAGAGCAGCGAUGGAGAAGUCAGAUUGCCGAGGCCGAGUCCAGCCUUCAGCAGUCACAGGAGCGUGUCCAGGUUCUGGAGGAGUCAUUGCACAAACUUCAAGGAGAAUCCCAAAGUUCUGUGCAGCUUCAGGCCACGGUGAGCAAGCUGGAGACGCAGUUGACAGAAGCUCAGGCCGAGAGCGAAAAGCAGUCGGCUUAUGCAGCAGAGCUGAAGGGUAAACUUUCAGAUUCUGACUGCAAAUUCACAGCUGUAGAUGCAGAGAUGCAAAAACAGAGUGAAGAGCUUAUUUCGGUGAGGCAGCAGCUGAGCGAAAUUCAGACCAGGUUGCUGGAGGCGGAAUCUGCUUCCUCGUCCGACCAGGCAUUCGUCCUUAUGGACGAUAUAGAAUUGGAAGGGCUGAGGGGACAGAUCAGCGAGAUGAUGGCGCGGCUGGAGGUGGAAGAUCAGAAGCCUCAUACUGAGAGGGAACACUCGGAGCAGUUGAACGGUUCUGGGGACGGUGCCAGUGGCGAUGCUGCAGAGACAACAAAACUAAAGGAACGCUUGGAAAAAGAGAAGAAACUAACCAAGGACUUGGGGCAAGCAGCAAUGAAACUGCAGCAGCUGUUGAAGGCCACCCAGGAGCAGCUGAACAAAGAGAGGGAGAAUUCCAAGAAACUCUCCUCCAAUUCUGCUGUUGUGCCACCUGUCAAGGAUUUGAAGGAAGAUGAAACAGCUGAUGGAACUUCCGUGCAAUGAGGACCAAGUGAACUAAAAUUUACCUGAUGCCUUAUCUGUUAUUAAACAAUUAAUAUGCUCUUUAUUUUAGGUGCCAGACAACAAUAAUGAAAGUGAUUUUGUAAACUCAAGUGUUAUCGCUUAGGGAAAUGUAUGAAAUGGAAUUUUAGCAAUCCAACGCAACAUUCCUAAAAGCUUUUUAGAAACACGGGUCCAAGUUUAUUUCACUUUGACCAAUGAAAUGCUGUACUUUGUAGUUAAAACACUAUGCUGUGUUGCUUGCCUUUUACAUUUAUUGAAAGGGAAAAUUCUGUUCAGUUUUAAUGAAAAAACAAAGGAAACUCAAAGGCAAAAGUGCAAUUUUAUUUUGAAAAGCAUACAGUAUAGUUGUAGAUGAGCCGGUAUGAUUUUCUGACCAAUUGCCAGUGCCUUGUGCUGUGGAAGCUGGAUUUGAUGAAAGCGAAUUGUUGGUUUGGCAGACAAAGUUCUGUUGUGAAGGUGGACAAGAAUAAAGGCAUACUACUUUUUGACCACAAA